AUUUUGUGUUUGUGUGUUAUUAUGUGUGGUUGUACGAGCAUGUUUAUGUGUUUUGUGUGUCUUGUUUAUGUUUAUGUUUGUGUGUGUCUGUGCAUGUCUCUGUUUUGGUGUGAGUAUGUUUGUGUGUGUUUUGUUUGUUUGUGCGAGUAUGUUUGGAGGUGUAGUUUUGUGUUUGUAAUUGGGUACUGUUUUGUACUGUAUUAACAUUCAAUCAUCAUCUUGUGUGUUUUGUAUGUGUGUUUGAGUUUGUUUUUGCAUAUGUUUGUGUGUGCUUUGUUUGUGUUGUGUAUGUUUGUUUGUGAAAGUAUGUUUGGGUGUGGGUAAUUUUGUGUUUGUGUGUGGUUGUCUGCCUGCCUGCCGUUUUAUUUUACUAUAAUAUUGGGUUUACAACAAAAUAUGUAGCAUAUGUGAAGGUUUUUAUACUUAAUACAUUUUAAUUUAAUAGUUAGCAGAAAACAUUUUACUAAAGAAAGAACUAGCAGAGAAAAUAAGCCAGCUGUGGGCGGGGUCUAUCUACAAAAAUCUGACAAGCGCCAGUGGGAAAUAACUCCAUCGCAGUCAUGUCACAGAACGAUGCCUUACAUGGCGAUGACUUGGAGAAAUCAGGGGAAGCAGUGAUUGAGUUUAUAAAGAGCAGUAAUGCAGAAAGUGUGCUGCGAGGAGCAAGAGGGAAGCUGCAGGAGUUCUUUGACCAUCACAUCAAGACCAAGAAGACCACAACUGACAUCUUAAAUGAUCUUGUGCAUGCGGAGGAGGGGGUCGGCCAGAAGCUGGGAAAUUUAGAAGGACAGAAGUCCCAGAUGAUGCAAGAGAUUGAGGAGAUCGAACAGGAACUGCAGAGAAACCUCUCCAGAAGUCAGAUCUUGGACUCAGAGCUGGAGUUUUUACAGAAAGAGCUGGAAAGACUUCGAGAUGCUGAGCAGGAGAUUCAGACACUGCAGCAGGAAGUGGAUCAGGACACAACUGAAGUCAUUCCAUCAGCCAUAUAUGUUGCCCAACUGUACUGUAAAGUUACCAAGAUAAAGCUGGAGCUCGACACAGAGCCACAUAUACUGCGAGGAGUUCACUAUGGCGGAGAUGUGGCUGUACCCAUCAACAUAGAUACAUCCACCCGUUCCCCCUGCGAGGUUAGCGAUGAACUAUGGAGCCUGGUUAAUACAGAGUGGUAGACCUGGCACAUACUAAAAGAUUGCCAUUGAUAUUUAAAUGUUAAUCAGUUUGUUCGUUUUAUGUGUUUAUAUACGUUUUAUAGAUAUUUGUAAGUCUGUUCACAAAUUUGACUCCGUUGCUAUUUGAGUCCCACACCACAAGAUGUCACUACCUUUAUUUAACAGCAGUUUUGCAUCUUCUGCUUGCCUGUACACAGAAUGUUUUAUUAAUAAAAUGUUUGCUGAAUA